AUGGACACCAGCUAUCUGGCCCAACAGGUCAACAGCAGCAUUGCGCAGCUGCAUGGCCUGUUUGACGAGAUUGGCGUUCCUAACCAUGAGCGCGAGGCUCGUGAAUCAGAGCUCUUCGCGGCUCUGUCCGAAGCACUCAAUAGCCAAGUGCGCUUAGUGACGACAGAGAAGAAGGACAUGAUUGAUGAGGCAAAGAAGAUUAUCACAACGAUACGCCAAAUGGAGACAUCGCUAGACGAUUCCAAGCCUCGACGGGGGGAGUACCAAGAAGACGAGGAAUUCAAAAUCACUUAUCCUCUGAACCGUUGCGUACAAGGACUUAGAGAAAAGCACAUUCAAAUAAGCCGCUUGCAUAAAGAGCGGUUUGAGCAAGUGAAGACGCUUGUUGAAGCACUCGAGUCAUACUCAUCACAUCUCGAGCCAACUUUUGUUCAAAUUGCCCUUCCUCCUACUGGGCCCAACCAAUCUUUGCCCCCUACUUUCGACAUCUCCAAUACCUACGUCGAGAAGCUCGAUGCAGAGUUCACACGGGUGUAUGACGAAUAUAUGCGCCGCAUCGCGUCCAUCCAGGCUUUGUCCAACCAAAUUAUCCAACUUUGGGCGGAACUUGGCAUUCCCCAAGCUCAGCAAGACAGUGCCAUCGUCAAGUACUACAGAGAGGCGCCUGAGCAGCUCGGCCUCCACCAGGAAGACCUUAACAGGCUACAGACGAGGAGAGAUCGGUUAUCAGAUGAGAAGAAGAACCGCGAAAAGCGACUGAAAGACCUCAGAGCGGCGGUUGAAGCGUUGUGGCUGAAACUUGGCGUUGAUGAAGCAGAAACUAAGACUUUCCUCAAUCAAAACAGAGGUUGCGGCGUCCGACAAAUCAAUGAGUUCGAAGACGAAUUGACCCGAUUGAACGAGUUAAAGAGGCAAAACCUUCACCUAUUUGUUGAAGAUGCUCGCGUCAAGCUGCAGGAAAUGUGGGAUUCUCUUUACUUUUCCGAAGACGAGAUGCUCGAGUUCACGCCUGCCUUUUCUGAUGUAUACAGCGACGCCUUGUUGGAGGCACAUGAGCGCGAGGUUGCUCGACUUGAGUCACUCAGAGAACAACGCGCGCCAAUCCUAGCUGUUGUCGACAAACACAAGACCUUGAUCAAGGACCGAGACGACCUGGCGACAUCAAGCCAAGAUGCUUCUCGUCUCAUGAUGCGAGGGCAAAAGGGCGAGAAAAGGGACCCCGGAAAGCUUCUGAGAGAGGAAAAAAUGCGCAAGCGAAUUACGAAGGAACUUCCCAAGGUGACUGCUGACGUUCGCAAGAUGCUCGAAAAGUGGGAGGACGAGUACGGCCGUCCAUUUUUGGUGUUUGGGGAGAGAUAUCUGGACGAACUUGAACCGGAAGAAGCGAAGAGGGCGGGCCCUGCUUCGCGAUCCAAAACACCAGCAGGACCACCUCCAUCGACCGUGAAGAAAUCAGCAGGUCCAGGCCUUACCAGGGCCAACAGCACAAAGGCCGUCCCCCCUCGCUCCAUGACCAAGACCCCGACUGCGGCGAACCGGACUGUUACGAAGAAGAUGCAAUCGCCGGGCAAGACGAACACAAUGAACGGCAGAGGGAGCCCUACGAGGAUUCCCGCCCGCGUUCCUCUUUCCAAUCUGAAGACGGGUAGCAACUCUCCGGAGCGGUCAAGGCCAGAAUCACGGGGCGAGACUCUUCGAAAUGGAGCACCAAUUCGUGCCCCGCCUCCCAAAAUGCGUGACUUGAAGUCUGUUCCCGAGUUAAAGACGCCAAAGAACCCUUACAAGGGCACAGGCAUAGAAUCCAGCAUUGUACGCCAAGUUGAGCCGGAGGACGUCUACGACGAUCGUCCGCAAACAUCCCGAGGCAUGCGAUCCAACUCCAACCUGUCUAACCACGUACAGCCGACAUAUUACGAGGACACGUAUGAUGAUGGGUAUGACGAUCGUUAUGAUGAGCGCUAUGCGACAAUACGCGCUCCACGCUCUGGAUACCCGCAGGUAGUAGCAAACUCGAGGCAACUGUCCAAUAACUCUCACACUUCGACUGCAAUCUCUGGGUCUGAGAACUGGGAAACGUACGACGAUAAUAGCGAGCCCGAACCCGACGUCUCAGAAGAGUACUAUGCCAAGCUUCGAGCGGCGCGUGGCAAGAGAUAUGAGCCCGAACAAGGACAUUUGCCCUCAAGCAGCCAGGCCAAACGCAUGAGAGGCAUCCCAGGCACACCAUACGCAGCAGCACCAGUGAUGAUUGAUCAAGAGGGCAACCGAAUCAUCUCGGGCAGCGAAUGGACUGACGAAGAUGUCUUUUAA